AUGAGUGAGAAAGGGUCGCAUGGGGAGAGACAACCAUAUGGCUCUUCGUAUAGCGGGAGGUAUAAUAACAGUCCCAGAACGAAUAGCCAUUACUAUUCACAAGGAAGAGGAGGGUAUUACAAGAGUCAUAAUGGCGGAUAUCACAAGCAAGGAGGAUAUAACAAUGGUGCUUCUAGAUACGAACAGACAGGUGGCUCGAAAUACUACAGGCCCCAUUAUGGCAUACCAGCAGCAUCGCCAUCGUCAGCAUCAUCAUCACGAUAUGGAAGCAAUAACAGCGUAAAACAUUCAUAUAACAAAGUCGAGAAACCAUAUUAUCAUUACCAUGAAGAAACAAAGAAAGAAGAAAAUUCUUCAUCAGCAAUGGAUCAGAGAAAAUCUCCAUUUGUGUAUAUGAUGGGAUUAGACAAAUAUGGAGCGGACAUGAAUGAAAUUGAUAAAAUAUUUGAAGAGGAAAAUAAGAUAAACAUGGAACUAGAGCAUUUGAAAUUUACAAUCUUAACUAAUGAAAUAGAAGACUCCAUAUUGAAUAGUAUGGUUGAGAGAAAUGUUCUGAAUGUACAGCUGACACAAGAAAAACUAGAUUCGCUACUAUUAAAUGAGUAA